CUUGUCAUAUUUAAGCCUCUCCGGGCUAACAGUCCGCCGUUCAGCGCACUGCGAUUCCACGGCAACAACUCAUUACAGCACUCCCGUCCUCUUUUUCCAGGGCUCACUGUGGGGCUGCGGAACGUCAACGUUCGCAUACCGUCCGCCGUUAAGCGUGGCGAUAAUGCGCUCUUAAUCUGCAAUUAUGACAUCGAGAACGACACGCUGUACACGGUGAAAUGGUAUCGGGGCAGACGGGAGUUCUACCGCUAUACGCCCAAGGAGAAUCCGGCCUGGAAGAUAUUCACCAAAGCGAACGAAAUCGAUGUCGAGACUGCCCAAUCGAAUGCCAGCCACGUUCUGUUGCGAAAUGUUCCCACCUCGAUAUCGGGAAAAUUUGCCUGCGAAGUGUCCGCGGAUGCACCCACCUUCGAUACCUCCAUCGUGGCCGCCGACAUGGAGGUGGUUGAAUUGCCCACCCAACGACCCAUAAUUACCGGCAUCCAUUCAAGAUACCGCCUGGGGGACGUUGUGAAUGGGAACUGCUCCUCGGAUUACUCCAAGCCGGCUGCGAACCUCACCUGGUGGAUCAACGACAUCCAGGUGCCACCCAAUUACCUCCGCGUCUACGACAUUCAGCGGCACGUGGCCGAGCAUCUGGAGUCGGCGGUGUUGGAGAUCAAAUUCGUGGUCACGGUGCACCACUUCAUCAAGAGUCGCUUAAAGUUGAAAUGCUCGGCAAGAAUACACGAAAUCUACGCGCAGGAAAGCGAGAAACUAAUCGAGGAAGAUCGUCCCAGAUUUCUGGCCUCCGGCAGAUCCCCUGAUAUGAAUAUGUAUCCAUUCGAUCAGCCGGGGGAUGUAGAUGAGCAUAACGAGCUGUUCUUAAUCCAUUCAAAUGCGGCUUGCGGACCAUUUGCCUGGCAUCCGAUUCUGUUUGUGCUGUUGUGGCCAAGUUUUUGGGUUUUGGGCGCCUGGGAGAGCUGGGAGCACUGGCUGCGGAACCUGUUGGAGAUUCGUCAUUCCGGCAGGGCGCUGCGGUGAUAGGAUGGCCAGUGGCAGGAGAGAUGGACUUCAGGCGGGACUUGAGACGGAUGGGAAACCCUGCUCAGGCUCGGCAAUAACGGAACCCACAUUUAGCGAAUCGAUUAGCAAAUCAACAGUGAAGGGUCCUCAGCAUACCGAAUAUACCUAUUCACAUACACCUACAUCUAUGUUAAGUACGUAACUGUAAAGACAAAUGCAUUUCCAAGGACCCGUACUCCUCUAUUCCUAAGUAAAGUGUAAAUAGGCAUCGAGCACUUCCUCGCAUACUCAACAGGAAUAUAUAUAUACUGCAUACAAGAUAUAUAUAUCUACUCUCUAAGCAGGAUUCUAAAUGUUUGCUUUCGUUGGGUUUUCGACGAUUUAUUGUUAAGAUUGUGGUUUCUAUGCAGAUUCAUUGUUCUGUUCGUCUGUGUCUGUACAACUAAAAUGAUUAGCCGUAGCUUUAACUUUAGUGUGAUCUUAAGUUGAAGGUGUGCGUAUUGAUGGAAGCCAA